AUGGCGGCCAACAGUGCAAAUGGCGGCUCGCGCAGUCGCAGCAUCCUGAGCGCCUUGGCGGCGACGGAGAUACUUGACGGCCAGUCAAAGCUGCCAGCAGAACUCCUAGUUGCCGUGCUCGACUAUCUACCCGUCGCCGAUCAGAUGCGAGUCGCUCGAACAUCCCGCCGUAUGCAAGACAUGGUAUACGAGGAUCCCCGGUGGGUGUCUCGCUUGAAGAGCAUGGGCUGCUGGGACGAGCGAGAAGCGAGACAGCGGUUCGAAGACGCCGUCCGUCGCCGCCGAGAGCAGGCCGCCACGCAGGCCGCCACGCAAAAUAGCGCCAACAAGCAGACAACCACCACCAUAUUCGACGCCUCGACCGAAGAACAACGGCGGAAACGAGCAACGUCGGAGCUGCGAGACGGCUUCGAGACCAUGACGGUCGGCGGGCCAGCCGCCAAUACCACCAGCCUCGAGGGACAGGCCACCUACCUCGAGGUCUUCAAGAACGCCAAGAGCAUCCGAGGCGGAGCCAGACAGGAAUACGGCAAGAUAUACGGCGCGCUGGCACCCUUCUACUUUGACAUUGUCAAGGCCAGGACGCACACGGAGCCCAUCGUCUUUAAAGCGUUCCGGGACCCCGAGACACAGGCGCAGAUGCUGGCCAACCUGCACAAGUUUGCCAUGAGCGACUGGUCAUCUGGAUGCAUGGCGCGAGAGGCCAAGCUAAACUCCAUGAUGACGAUUUUCGAAAGCGCCGUCAUGCGGGAAUUUGAGCAGGGCUACGAGUUCUGGGAUGUGGACGGUAGGAUGCGCCGUUUUGGACAUGUGCUGCACGCGCUCAAUGGAGCCACGAGCGCCAUUGACGUCUUUAUCCGCAAACAUCCCAUCCUCAACGAUACAGAUAUGAACUUUAACCCCAUAGAGUGCAUCAACCGCGGACAAGGGGCCGAUGAUGUGUCGCUCACGCCCUCGCAACAUUUUUUCGACAGGCUGCUGUUAAAAGUCAACGAGCAGGCCGGCGUGAUUGAGCGCAUCUUUCCCGACGCCGAGCACGUGUUUUGGGAGUUUGUGGACAAGGUCCGUGAAGACAUCAUCAUGGAGUACACUACGCCGUUGUUUGAUGAGAGCCAUGAACGGUCGCUGGGCAUGUACCUCAAGGCCGUGUCUGGCAUAUUUGAGCAGACUAUGCGCUUCUUCCGGUCGCUAAAACCGCCAGGCGCAAAAGAGGAAAAGAUUCGUGAGAUGGCCAAGGUGAUGGUGCUGCGGGUUUUUGAGCCGCAUCUCGACCUGUAUCUCCAGGAAGAGCUCGAGUACUUUACAAAACAGGCGGAAGAAUUCGUCUCGCUGUGGGAGAAGAAGCUCUCGGCGCAGGACUCAUCGCUCGAGUCGUACUACAUGUCCAACAUUAAUCGCUCCGCGGAAAAGAAAGACUUUCUGAGCUCCUUUCGCAAAGUCGUCAUGAUGCCUGUGACGGCGCUCCCCGGCAUGAGCUUCUCGUCGGGCUCGGCGGCGCCGUCGCGGCCAGAGACACCGAGUCUCGGCCGCAGCAGCCCGGUGCCCGGUGGCGGCAAGGCGCCGACGGACGAGCUCGCGGCCAAGGCGGCGCUGAUGGCGUCGAAACUCGAGGGCAUCAAGUCGCUGUGCAGCAUCGAGGUGGCAUUGAGCCUGGUGCAGGCGGCCAAGACGAGCCUGGGCCGGGCGGCGCUACUGGUGCCGCUGGGCGGGCAGGUGGGCGGCGAGGCCAAGGAGCAGUGCUCGACCAUUUUCGUCGUGCUGCUGCGGAUACUCGGCCAGCGACACGUCAAGCACGGCUUCGACCUGGCCGUCGGGCACCUGUCGGAGUACAACCCGAGAGAUGUAAGCCCUGGGAGCCACGAAAAGACGGGCAGCAGUGGUGGUGUGGCGCCGCUGGUCAUGUUUAUCGAGCUGGUCAAUGUUGGCGACCUCAUUUCGCAAAUGAUCGACGUGUUUUACGAGCAGCAGCUGGCGACGCCCAAGAUCGCGGAUCGCAACGACUUUCUCGAUCCGGCCAACAUGGCCAAGAAGAAGUUUGAGCAGAUGCUCGACGAAUCGGUCGCGGCGGGCCUCAACAAGGGCAUCGACGUGCUCAUGGACGAGGUCGAGUACCUGCAGGCGACGACGCAGGCGCCGACCGACUACAACCCGCUGCCGACGCCGCCGUCGGACAAGACGGCGAGCAUGCUCGGCGGGGGCCUGGACAUCGGCCCCAGCGGGACGGCGACGCGCAUCGUCGCGCUCGUGUCGGGCCACACGGGCAUGCUGGUCGGCACCACGGACAAGUCGAUGCUCGACGUCUUCAACGGCGAGGUCGGCCAGCGCCUGUUCACCGCCAUCUGCAAGCACCUCAAGCGGCAGCGCGUCAGCGUCGACGGCGCCGUGACGCUCAUUGCCGACAUGAAUCUGUACUUUGAGUACAUUCGUACGCUGCGCAUCCACGAUUUGCUGCCGUACUUUCGUGCGCUGCGCGAGCUCAGCCAGGUGUACCUGAUUGACCCGGCGCACGCCAAGGAGAUGGCGACGGUGAUUGCCGACGGGGACCGCUUCGGCGGCGUGUUUCGCGCCGAAGAGGUGUACGAGUAUGCGCAGCGCCGCGCGGACUGGUACCAGGUCCGCAAGGAUGUGGAGAGGGCCAUGUAUGGUUUGGAAUGCUGCGUCAUGUAG